AUGUUCGUGGUCCAUGGCCGUCGUCCUUUGACUAUCGAGUCCGUCGAGUCGAGUCUAUCGAGCCGCGUGAGGUCCGGAGGUUACGAAUAUCGGGCAAUCGACGGAUUAAAUGGUGAGGUCAUGUUCGAUCAAGGAGAGCCGGGCACAACAAGGACGUCUGAUUCUUCCUGUCUCGUGGUAAAGGAAACUCGAGCGACUCGAAUGAUGGCGUGGAAAUCGGAUGUGGAGGUGAAGAAGGAAUUCCGGUCUCGAAAUGAGGAGAGUGAACCCAAGAAUCUGGCCGGGGGGGGGGGGAAGAGAUGUGAGAGGAUGGAGGAGGGCAGUGGGAGCUGGGUGAAGAUGAGUGUGGACCCUGGGGGUUUUGGUGCCAAGGUCGCGGCUUCCGCUUUAGUCGAGGGGACGGACUGGGCUAAGAACUUGCUCAAAUGCGCGCAGAACUCUCCGCGGAACAGCACCGUUCCGUACCAUAGGUACCCUACCAUUUCAUCCUCCAUCCACAAACAUCAAGCUGCUUCCAACAUUGCUGCUGCUGUGGAGUCAUUAUUAAGAAUCGUCACUUUGAAGAAGGCAAAUGGCAUGCCUGCUGUUCCUGCAUCCCCGGAACCGAAUGCAUGGAGUGGCAAGGUGUCGUUGUUGCCGGCGGCCGCAGUGUCUUAUGUUCAACUCUUCAACGGCUGGGAGACAACAAGUCUCGAUGCGUAG